CUUUCCCAUUUCACUCAACGGAAACAUGACGUGUUUGUUUUCUCACCACUACUCAACAUGUAAUACGAAUAUGUGGCCCACCUCGCUUGGGAAGCUCCCAUCUAGUCUCCGAAAGCUCUUGAAGCUACCUGUCUGCAGCCCACCUCUGUCGAUCCCGUCUCUGUGCAUUUUGUCCCAUUCGACAACCAGCUCCGGACGCACUUUCGAAACCAAUUGACAAAAAAACAAAAAAAGACAUUUUCACUCGGCAACGACUUAUACUCACUUCGUUUAGAUCGACACCAAUCCUCCCUGCACUUCUCACGAUGGUCGCUGCCGUAGAGAACCCCAACACGGAGCUCAGCCAGCAAUAUGACACUCCCCUCGGCCUGGCUCACUCGACCAUGCAGGCCCUCAAGGAUAGGAUCAAACUCCAUUACGACCUUGCCAGUGACUACUACCUGAGCCUUUGGGGCGAACACAUUCACCAUGGCUACUGGGAGGACGGCUCCGAGACCAAAGAAAAAGCCCAGGUUAACCUCAUUCAACUGCUUCUGAAACUCUCCAACGUCGGUGAGAACAGCAAAGUCCUCGAUGUCGGAUGCGGCAUCGGCGGCACUACCCGGUAUCUCGCAUCAACUCUGGGCUGUUCGGUCACCGGCAUCACCAUCUCGACGAAGCAGGUUGAGAUCGCCAACGGGCUGACCAAAGCCGAGGCGGCAAAGGACUCGGAAAAGCCCGACGUCGAGGCGGACAGUGACGGGUUCUUCCGCCUGGGUCGGGGCAGGGUCCGCUUCAUCGAGCUCGACGCCGAGAAGAUGGGCGACUUCUUCGCCGCGGAGGGUGGUUCCUUCGACGCUGUUUGGAUCAGCGAGGCCCUUAGCCAUUUCCCUAACAAGGCUCUCUUCUUUGAGAACACGUUCAAGGUGCUCAAGACUGGCGGCAAGUUGGCGCUCGCAGAUUGGUUCAAGGCUGAAAGCAUAAACGAGACGGACUUUGUCAACGACAUCAAACCGAUUGAAGACGGCAUGCUGUUGCCACCAUUGUGCACUCAGCAGGAAUACGUCGGCCUAGCCAAGAGUGCCGGGCUUUCCACUCUGGCAGGGCCAAAAGACAUCAGCAAGGAUGUGAGCAAGACUUGGGAUAUAACCUGGUCUCUCGUUCAGAACCCAUCUCUUUGGGCCUUCGCCUUCAGUCAGGGGCGGGACGGUAUUGCCUUCUUGCAGUCUUUCCGCGCCAUGAGGCGGGGAUAUGCCAACGGCACCUUUCAGUAUGCCGUUAUGUCGUUUGAGAAGCCAGAAAAGAGCAAAAACUGAGGUGCGCAAUGCCCGGUUGCGACUUGCCCACGCCGCGAAGCAGGACGGUAGUCUCAAACUGUUCAAGUACAAUAAUCCAUAAUACUCGCAUCCCAAACCAGUCUUGCAAGUCUUUAGGGCCCCUCCAGCGUGCGGGAAAUCGACCACCUCGCCCAACGCAUAACCAACAGCUGUCCAUGAGCGUAUGUUUGAUGCCUCUGCUUCCUGAUUUUUGUUCAACCUCGCACAAGAACGACUGAGGCUUACAGGUAUCAUGGGCAUUUCCCUUGGGAAUGGAGGUCUUACCAGAAACGAGUUUUUUCUUUUCAUUUCAACAACCAUGCUUCCGAAGUUAAUGAGACUCUAUAGUCACCAAUGGGCUGUUGAUACUUCUGCGACCACGGCUUGAAGCUGAAACAUGCUCACGUUAACCCCCGUAUGCCAGACAGACUC